CGAGUUUUAGGACUCAUUCCUGCAGCACUUCAUAGAUACGUGCGCUUUUUUGAACUCCCCGCUGAGGAUCUGAUACAGCAGUUAACCGGAGAACAAGACAUGACUUUGCAACAGAACUGUCAAUGCUAUCACCUCUGUAAAUCUACAGACGUUUUAAAGAUGAUAAUGAAGUUCUGCUGGGCUGUAAACUCAGUAAGAGCUUUAGGUCCAGGUUGGGUGGUGCGUAAGUGUUCAUGAGGCGUGACUGUCAUUUCUAGCGAAACCCCAAACUAUCAAUCAACUCAUCAACCACGGCCAUAUAUUUAUCACCAAAUAACGCAUUUAUGGACCUAUUGAACACACCUACUUCCGUUCUAUGGGACGACUCUGAAUCACGGGGCGAAUCAGAAACGUCAGCAGGCGGAACAAUCGUGGGCCUUGUUUGGCUAUUAUGAUUUCCCAACACUGAAGCUGUUGCUGAACUGGUCAAGGCUGAAUUUAGUGCCACUUACUACAACGUGCAUUAUCAACAUUUGGAUUUAUUAAUAAUGUGGAAUAAUUGUCCCACUCCACCUCCCCUAUGGAAUGGCUUUUGAAGAACUUGAUUUCCUUCUAAAGUCCACAAAACCGGGUACUUUUUAAGCAGUACAGAACACCUUAACAUUUGAAGGAGAGCUUUUCCUCAAAAAUGGAUCAGCAAGCAAGUGGUGUGGACGACCCCAAUAAGCACCCUAAAAAGAAAUCAAAUGAGGAUGAUAGUAAGAACAAAAAGCUGAACAUACAUAUUAAAACAUUGGCUGAUGACAUGCGUGACAGGAUUACAAGCUUUCGAAAGCAAGGCAUAAAGAAGGAGAAGCCCAUUAUCCAGCACCCAACAGACCCCAUCUCCACGCAUUCUGAACUACCUAUACCGCAGCCACUUUUUGAUGAGCGUUCAUUGAACCUCUCUGAAAAAGAGAUUGUUGACUUGUUUGAAAAGAUGAUGGAGGAUAUGAACCUGAAUGAAGACCGUAAAGCCCCUCUGCGUGAAAAGGACCUGAGCACUAAACGAGAGAUGGUUGUCCAGUACAUAUCUGCCACAGCGAAAUCUAUAACUGGGAGCAAAGUUGCGGGGGGCCUGAGGAACAGCAAGCAUGAGUGUACGCUGUCAUCACAGGAAUAUGUACAUGAGCUGCGGUCUGGCAUUACUGAGGAGAAGUUGCUCAACUGCCUUGAGUCUCUGCGUGUGUCUCUAACCAGCAAUCCUGUCAGCUGGGUGAAUAAUUUUGGUCAUGAGGGUCUUGGACUGCUUUUGGAUGUACUGGAGAAGCUGCUUGACAAGAAACAACAAGAGGGCAUUGACAAGAAGAACCAACACAAACUCAUCCAGUGCCUCAAAGCCUUCAUGAACAAUAAGUAUGGCCUGCAAAGGAUACUCGGGGAUGAACGAAGCCUCCUCCUUCUGGCCAGGGCUGUUGAUCCCAAGCAGCCGAAUAUGAUGACAGAGAUUGUGAAGAUCCUGUCUGCAGUCUGUAUUAUUGGCGAGGAAAACAUUCUGGAUAAGAUCCUGGCAGCCAUGACAAUCGCAGCAGAGAGAAAUAACAAAGAGAGAUUUGCUUCAAUAGUAGAGGGUCUGGAGAACCAUGAAGCUCAGCAGCUCCAGACAGCCUGCAUGCAACUAAUCAAUGCCCUGGUCACCUCUCCGGAUGAUCUGGACUUCAGAAUCCAUUUACGGAACGAGUUUCUGCGCUGUGGCCUGAAGAAGAUCCUGCCAGAGCUGAAGGAGACGGAAGAAUUGGACAUUCAGCUGAAGGUGUUCAAUGAGAAUAAGGAGGAGGAUUCUAUUGAGCUGUCUCACCGGCUGGAUGACAUCCGCACAGAGAUGGAUGAUAUGGAUGAGGUUUACCAUAUUCUGUCCAACAUGGUGAAAGAUACAGGCGCAGAGUCCUAUUUCCUAUCUAUUCUUCAGCACUUGCUGCUCAUCAGGAAUGACUACUAUAUCAGACCUCAAUACUACAAGGUGAUUGAAGAGUGUGUGGCUCAGGUUGUUCUGCACCGGAGUGGAAUGGACCCUGACUUUGGUUACAGAGAGAGACUAGAUGUAGACUUCACCCAACUCAUUGAUCAGUGUGUAGAUAAGGCCAAAUUGGAGGAGAGUGAACAGAGAGCAGCUGAAUUCUCCAAAAAGUUUGACGAGGAGUUCAGUGCACGACAGGAGGCACAAGCUGAGCUGCAGAAACAGGAGGAGAAAAUCAGAGAGUUGGAGGGGAAGAUCACCUCUUUACAAAGCCAGGUUGCAGCAGGAGACACUCAAAGAGUUCUAUCACCACCACCCCCUCCUCCCCCUCUACCAGGAGCACCCCCUCCUCCCCCUCUACCAGGAGCACCCCCUCCACCUCCUCCUCCCCUUCCAGCAGGUAUGGGACCUCCACCACCACCACCACCACCACCACCUGGUUUUGGUCUGCCACCUGCACCCCUUCCUCCUGGAGGUGUUCUUGCACCUCCUCCACCUUUCCUUGGAGCCACAGGUCUCCCUCCAGUACCAGCUGUCCAAAAACUACCUUAUGGGCUACAACCGAAGAAGACCUAUAAACCUGACACAGCCAUGAAGAGGGUCAACUGGUCCAAGAUAGUGCCUCAAGAGAUGGCAGAGAAUUGCUUUUGGAUCAAAGUCAAAGAGGAGAAAUUUGAGAACCCGGACCUAUUUGCCCAACUCUCACUUACUUUCUCAUCCAAGUCCAGAGUGAAAAAGGACGUGGAGGAAAUGGAUAAGAGAAUGACACAAUUUAAGAAAAAAGCAAAAGAGUUGAGAAUCCUGGAUGCCAAAACGGCCCAAAAUCUGUCCAUUUUCCUUGGAUCUUUCCGAAUGCCUUAUGAUGAGAUCCGGGAUGUUGUCUUGCAGGUGGAUGAGGAGAAGCUGAGUGAGGCGUUAAUCCAGAACCUGAUCAAGAAUCUUCCUGAACAGAAGGAGCUGAGCGCCUUGGCUGAGCUGAAGAGUGAGUACGAGGAGCUGUGUGAGUCAGAGCAGUUUGGCAUUGUGAUGAGCUCAGUGAAGCUAUUGCGCCCUCGUCUGAAUGGAAUCUUGUUCAAGCUGACAUUUGAGGAGCAAGUAAACAACAUCCGCCCUGACAUCAUGAAUGUCACUUUUGCAUGUGAGGAAGUGAAGAAGAGUGAGGGCUUCAGCAAGCUCCUGGAAUUGGUACUGCUUGUGGGAAACUACAUGAAUGCUGGCUCCAGAAAUGCCCAGACUUUCGGGUUUAACAUCAACUUCCUCUGCAAGCUACGGGACACAAAGUCAACAGACCAGAAUACAACACUUAUGCAUUUCUUGGCAGACAAAUGUGAGGAGAUGUAUCCAGAGAUCCUGAAGUUCCCUGAUGAGCUGGAGCAUGUGGAGAAUGCCAGCAAAGUGUCUGCUCAGAUCCUCAAAGCCAUUUUGGACUCAAUGGAGCGUCAGAUCCAGAGGCUGGAGAAUGACAUCCAGAGCUUCCCCAAGACAGAGGACAAACAGGAUAAGUUUGUGGAAAAAAUGUCCGGUUUCUCCAAAUAUUCACGAGAACAGUACGAAAAGCUCUCCACCAUGCACAAGAACAUGCAGAAGCUCUAUGAGAGCCUGGGAAGCUACUUUGCCUUUGACCCACACUCCAUUAGCAUUGAGGACUUUUUUGGGGACCUGGCUAACUUCCGCACUCGCUUCAUGGAGGCUCUGAAGGAGAACCACAAGAAGAGGGAGAUGGAAGAGAAGAUCAAGCGGGCCAAGCUGGCGAAGGAGAAAGCUGAGCAGGAAAAGCAGGAACGGCAGCAGAAGAAAAAGCAUCUGAUUGACAUGCACAAAGACGGAGACGAAACAGGUGUGAUGGACAGCCUGAUGGAGGCCCUGCAGUCUGGUGCAGCCUUCCGUGACCGCAGGAAAAGAACCCCACGCACUGGCAGGUCAAUCAGAAGGUAUGAAUAAGUGAAGUGCCAUGCCAUAUCAAACGUGUACCACUCAGUGGGGCUGUGAUGCCCUCAGCGCUGCCCCUGACAGAGCCUGCUAGGCAGAUGCCACUGGGGAGAGCAGCUUACUCUCACUCCUUCUCACAUCCUCAGCUCUGCUUCUUCUAUUUCUGAAAUCUGUUUGACUAAGACUGACAUAAGGCAAGAGGCAGAGAAAAACAUCUGGACGUGCUCACUCCCUUUCUCUCUAGCAGUCUCUUUUUUUAUGUUCAUUCACUCUUCACUCUCUCCUUCCCUCUCCCCCUUUCUGCUUUUUCUCCAUGCUGCCCUGUCAUGGGCUGUAGUUUGCCAGAAUGUGUCACUUGUUUCAAACUCCUGAAAUAUGUUAUGUUUGACUCCUCUAUCUUUCUCUCUCUGUCUCAGUCUUUUCACUUCAUGAAUGUUACAGGUGAUAAAAGUCCUUUGGAUCCCCCAGUGGCUGAGAAAAGAUGAGAAAGUUAGAUAAGAUAAUUCCAGUUGUGGUAGUCAUCUCCACUGAGGGCAUUUUCAGCAUGUCCAAAUAACUGACAACAAAAACAGAUCACACAGUCCUUUUAUUGACUGUAGAGUAGCAAUGACCUGCCUAUCUUUUCUCCUUUUUUCAUGUUCAUGUAAUAAUGGCUAUCAUUCAAUCUAUGGCCCUCACUGUUUUUGGGUAAGAUUCUGGUUUUGACCCGAACUGGACCUCUCUUCUCUAUUAAGUAGCAUUCACUAUCUGUUAGCCUUUUUGGCCACUGAGCUGCGUCAUCUGACAUUGAGUUAUGUUGGUUAGGGACAUCACUUACGGUCAUCUUUGCCAUCUUCAUCAAUGUCAUGUUCACUGUCAGAAGUGUUAGACGUGGUGCCAUCAUCAGCAACAUUAUUUUCAGAGUAGUACAAGGUUGUAGGUGUCUGGCAGUCAGAGCUAUCCACUAACAUUAGCAGCAGCAUUGUGUAUAGUCUGCUGUGUCCCACAGUCACGACCCCCAGGUUAAGAACCACUGUAUUAGAUAGUAAAAGCCACCACACUGUAUCUAGAGUGAUGCCUGAUUUGAAAUCAAUUACUGGGAAAAAAAUGCAAAUUGCAGACAUUUAGACAAAAACUUAAGCAAGCUCCUAAUGGCAUCAGUAUAUAGCUUGUGCAGUUACUGCCAUCUACGAGCUUCCUUCCUCUGGACUUUGACCUUCAUUAAUUCAUUCAUCUAGAAUUUUUUCCUUGUGUUAAAAGAGGUCGCUUUUUAACAUUGAGCAUAAGGGGUUCAUCUUACCUCCAUUAAAAAAAGUGAUUUAAUGCUUGUCAGCAUUAUGGGAUAUGAGCCCAAAAGUCUGAUCUGCAGUCUAGCAGUUAAUUCAUCCAGACAGAGGGAAAGGUGGGCCCUGUAUAUUUAAUGAAGAUUAAACCACCUAUUUUCAGUCAUGAAAUUUUAAAGGAAUCUAUGAAAUAUCAAAUGAGAGCAGGAGAGAAAAACUAAAUAAAUGACAGAGAGUAAUUUUUUUGGGCAAAGAUUGAGUGUUUUCUCUCCAUUCCCCGUGUUAUGUCGUACAUGAUCUCUACAUAGUUUUUCCUUCCUCUUCCCACCCUAGCACCCCAUGAUUAUAUAAGCCAUUUUUAUUUGCCCCUUCCACCUUCAUUCACAAUAUGCCAUCAACAAAAAAUACAGACUUUAUUUCCUUAAUUUAAAUGUUAAAUUGUUUUUUCCUUAAAUAAAUCAUUGCAUAAACAUAUCAAUCAAGUGUACAGUAUAAAGGUUUGAUCACAUAAGAUAGCUCUUAAUCCUUUACCAUAGUAGUAGGUAGUUUAUCAUAUAUUCAUACUUUCCCCUUUUACACACACACACACACACACACACACACACUUGACAGCUAAACCUCCUACCUCCCAAUCCUCAUGUGCUCCACUUCAAGGUGUUGACAGAUGUUAUUCAUGUGGCUCACCCCAAAGGCUCCUAAAGGAAGUGGGCCUAACAUGAUUUGCUUGGGGCCAAGAGACAGAAGGGUAUCUGUGCAUGACAUUGGCCUGGAUGGCUGGAUCAACAGGAGGAAGAUCACCACUUUAUUGAGAUAAUUGCCUGGACCAUAUCACUUUUUUGUGAUAGAUCAAAUUUUUUUUCAAUUUUGAAAUGUAUAAGAAAUUUUUCUUAUUCAUCUCAUUUCCCCUAAUCUAGUGAGAAGGAGAAUGCAGACAAGAGGAGCUGGGCCUAAAAAAAUGUGUGCAUUAUAUACUAAAUUAUCAUAUUUCAGGCAAACUUGAGCAUUGAUCUCCUCUCCCUGAUUUGCGAUGAGCACAUUGUCCCAUGUUAUUUUAUUUCCAGUAGAAGUCUUUUGACCUCUAAAGUUUGCUGAAAGGAGGCAGACAGCAGCUUGUUACAGUCAUGCUGAGGUAGCCAUCACUGUGAAUCACCCAUGCCGUGUGUGUGUGUGUGUGUGUGUGUGUCCCCUUCCAUCCGUCCUUACAUCCUGAAGAGUCCUGGUGACAAACCCUUUUCAGGAGAAGUCAAUUGCGCAAGUGCUAUAGAGGUCGGACGUGGCUGCUUUUGUCCAUGGCUAUCUCGCUCAAUGUGAUUGAUGUGAGUUGAGGCCAGCCUGCUGAGACAAGGGCCACCUAACUACUAACUCUUUCUAUCUUUCUGCUGUUUGGCAAAACAAAAAUGCCAAAUGAUGUUUGGUAAAACAUUUCUUGUCUGACUUGUUAUUCUGACUUAAAAUUAAAAUAUUUCUUUCUUUCAUAAAAUACAGUGGCCAUCUAAAGUGUGUAGACUCAUACAAACAUGUUAAUUGUCAAUACCAGAGUAAUUUACAGAAGCAAAUGUUUGUCAGCAGUACAUGAUUGAGAGUUAGAUCUGAUUUUUGCCUGGUACAUUUCCACAGUGGAAUAUAGUAAUUAGUGAUUUUGAAAAAGCCAAAGCUAUGACAUAUGCUCAGUUUCAAGGAGGUGGGAGUGGGAGAGAUUGGGUGUUCAGCACACUGUAUUAAAACAUAUUCACCGCGUGUUAUUUUCAGAGGGUUAUAAUAAUAAUGAUCAGAAUAAAUUCACCAUUAUGGAGAAUGAGUGGUAGUGACUACUUCACUUUUCACAGUCAUUUGUUGUGUGCUUUCCCAUAUGUGAGUUGUCUUUAACUAAAAAUAGAUAGUGCCUAAACAGUGUUUCGGUUUAAUGUCCCCAAGCAUAUGAGAUAGGAAUGAAUAUUUUAGAUUAUUUAGGUUACUGAGCUUGUAGGUUACUGAGCAUAAAUACUGGCUAAGAAAUAAACAGAAAUAAAGACUAAGGCUGUGUAAGCAGCAUAUUGUACCUGGAGAGCUUCGUUACACGUUAUUUUGUCAGUCUCUCUCUCCAUUUACAUCCAGAUAGAGGGACUAAAUAAUUUAAAUAACUUGCACCUUUGGUUUAUGACAAUGGCAUGUUGCGCUCAAGACUUCUUCUGAUUUACUCACAGAUGUGUAAAUACAUUUUCUUUCCUUAAUGCUGUUUUUUUUUAAAACACUGCAACUUCUACAUACAUAAUGAUGCUUCAAGCUUAAAGUGGCCCAGUUAUGCAUUACUGUUUUUUUUUUCUUCCACAUUUUCUAAUGUAAAUCCAAUGGAUUCUAAAUACUUAGCAAUAUACCUGAAUAGCAUACUUUGCAUAGCCAGAAGAAACUGUCACCACUAAUCCUGCUAACUAAAUCAAAUACUGUAUAUAUUCACAUAGAAGGCCUAUUUUAUAUGAAUUCAUUUGUAUUUGACUUAAUAGAUAAUUAGUGACGCACUUAGAAGGCACACUUGCAGCUAGUUAUCUAUCUAGCUAGAUCACAGUAGGAAUUAAACUUUCUAAUCAGAGUUAAUAGCUGAAUAGGAUGGGGGUCUCCAGGGGUAAGCAGCUAUUAUCUAAUUUUAAGAUAAGAUAAUGCUGGUGUUCAUUGUUAUUGUUCAAGGGCUAAAUCUUUUUUCUCAGAAAUGAAUGAGGAAUUAUUCUGAUAGAAUGUCAAGCUACAGGGUCCAAAUAAGGCAAAUAUGUGAAUAGCAAUAGAUGGGUAAAGAAAAGCAUCCUUAAAACCAAAAAAUUCUUAGAUUUCAGGUGUUUCCCAAACAAAUAAAAACAUAUCUGUGGCUAUCUUAAGCUAUGGAAAAAGGGGCAAACAAAGCUUACAUAAAAAGUGACAUCUUGCGUAUGCUGUAACAGCAUUAAGUAGAAAUAAAUACAUUAUGUAGAAAUCACCUUUCAAAGAAAUCAGGAAUUUCUCAUCUUUUUUUCAUUUAAAUUUUAACAGUGUGAAUACCUACCCUGUAGGGCUGUAACAAUAUGGUGCAUCAUAUCAUAUUGUUCGAUAUGAGGUUCUCAGUUUGAUAUAACUGUGUAUUGAACAAUACCUUCAACAGACUGCAUGAUAAAGUAGGCUGUUCUUCAUAAAAUACCACUUACAUUACGUGAGGUGCAAUAAACAUUUCUAAAAAAAUCCUUCUCCCAAGCACUGUUUUCAU